ACGUGACCUGCCAUAACAAAAUUCAGGAAAACAAUUGUCAGUCGCGGGAGCAUACAGAGCGUUGUAUUUGAGACUUAUUUUUCUAGUGUUCACUUAUUGUCUGCAGCUUUGCUGUAUUGCAUGAUCUGAGGCAUACAUAGGAAAGCCGUUUUGAUAUCAUAUUCGCCACCUUUAGUGCUGUCACACGUAAAAAUUCGAAGUGAAAAUGGCUGUGCAAGCACAAUUCCAAAAUGGCGAUAUGGUGCCCGUGCAAAAGAAUGGGCCAAUUGAAGAAGAUGUGGAGUUUGAAGAAGAAGUUGACAACUCGGAACAAGCGAUGAAAAAUGCAAGGAAAGUCAAACGCGUUCAUCGCUCCAGCUCUGGGUCGGAGUCAUCGAAUUCAAAUCAUGCAACGGAGAAAAAUAUGUCGGGUCCCCAAGCAAUAAGAAAGAAUAGUCGCAAAUCGAGGGACGGCAAGGGUCGCGGCUUGCCAAAGAAAGGAGGGGCCGGGGGCAAAGGCACCUGGGGAGCCCCGGGAGACGAACUGUUUGAGGACGGGCAUUGUAGAGACGUGAAGGAUCCAAAUUACGACUCUGAAAGCGAGGAUGAAUAUGUUGUAGAUAUGAUAAAACCUAAAAUUUCUAUAGAAGAAUUAAACAAGAUCUUAGAACCUGUCUUACUGGAAUAUUACGACAACGGAAACACGGAGGAAGUGAUUAGAACAAUCAAUGAAAUGGAUGUAAACGCUGAGAAGUCCCAGAUUCUGGAGAUCGCUAUCAGUAAAGCUCUGGACCACAAGGCAGCUCACCGAGAAAUGACGUCUGUUCUGAUCUCCGAUUUAUACGGCAAAAUUCUGUCUUCCAACGACGUUAGUUCGGGAUUCGAUUCGAUCCUAAAUAACCUGGCGGAGCUGACCAUUGAUACCCCAGAGGCACCGGCUGUGAUUGGUCAGUUUAUUGCCCGAGCAAUAGCGGAUGACUGUAUUGCUCCGAAGUUUGUGAUGACGUAUAAAGGUAACGUGGAUGAUGAGCAUAAACAGGCCGCCUUAGACAAAGCGGAGCUCCUCCUCAGCAGAAAGCACGGCAUCGUCCGAUUGGACAACAUCUGGGGCACAGGAGGGGGAAUUAGACCUGUUAAAUACCUUGUCAAACAAAUGGUAUUGCUAUUGAAGGAAUACCUGUCAUCAGGUGACAUUGCAGAAGCCACCAGGUGUUUGACAGAAUUAGAAGUCCCACAUUUUCACCAUGAAUUAGUUUAUGAGGCCACUGUGAUGGUCUUAGAAGAUUCAUCGGAUCGGGCAGCUCAUAGAAUGUGUGACUUAUUGAAAUCUCUCAGUGAUUCUGUGAUCAUUACUCCAGAACAAAUGUCUCAGGGAUUUAGGAGAGUAUAUGAUGCCUUACCAGAUAUUGUGUUAGAUGUUCCCUCUGCCUACACACUUCUGGAGCGGUUUGCUGAGAUGUGUCACAGGGACGGGGUCAUCACCACCGCCCUCUUCAGGGAGUUACCUCAAAGGGGGAGAAAAAGAUUCGUUUCUGAGGGGGAUGGUGGAAGAAUUAAGGAAGUCUCCGUUUAGCUCUUCAUUCCAUAUCAAAAGUAUCCAUGACCUUGCAUCCAUCAUUUUGCAAGUGCCAAGGGACACAACCAGGACAGAACAGCUAGAAAAGGACAUGUUGUCAAAAUUUGUAAAUAGUUAUUUCAUAAAACCUUGAACGGGAUUCCUUUGGCAGCAUUUGGACCUAUAUGUGUAUCAGUAUUCUCUCAAAACCAUUUUCUCCCAAAGGUGAUGGAUUCUUCACAAGUUAAAGGAAAAUCAAAGUUAAAAAGCCGAAUGUAUUGUAAAUCGAAAAAUGAGG